AUGAAUAUCACUAUUAGUAUCUACUCGAAGCUAUUUGACCCGCUCUACGUGAAAGAUUUGGACUACUACAAGUCGUUUUACACGACUCCUGUCCAUGAGCUGGCGCUUCGCUCGGUGUUCUCAGUCAAUACCGAGUCAAUUGGAACAUCUUCUCAGCUAUUGACCACAAACGUUACGGUGUUACAGGAGAUAUACAGCUAUGGCCUAGAGUUUCUAGUGGAUGCCAUGCAGUAUCCAGCGACAGAAAAUGCCGAAUCUAAUGACAAAUUCGAGGGUGCUAGUUUUAGGAAGCUCUCCAUGAGCCUGUUGGCCAGCAGCGCCAACGGAGACGAGGACGAGAGUAACGAUAUUACUUCUAUGACAGGGAAAGUAUCUUCGUCAUUGGCUCAUUUAGACGAAGAAGGUGAUAUCACCUUGUUGGCGAAAUCAACCUCAAAUGUUUCUAGAGUAGGGCCCUCAAGCUCGAGAAGAAAUAGUGAAGUAGCAAACACAGCCGCCUCUGCCAUAAUAUCUCCAUUGAAUCGUCCACAUUUCGGUGAUAUCGACCCUGGUUUACGAGCUGAGCUUAUAACGAAUAUCUUAAGAAUCUUAGAAGUAUGGUUCAAUAAUGUGACCAAGUCAAGCAUUGUGCUAAGGAAAUCAAAGGAAAGCUUGGGGAUAUCCUCAACUUCAGCAGACCUCUUGACCAGUUUGUUUGAAAUCUCGAGCAGAGGAUCUGUUGGUGGAGAAAACAGUCUUCCACUCACUCAACAGAGUUUGCUAAAUUUAUUGUCUUGUAUUCAGUGGUAUUUGCAAUACCAAUUCAAGCUAGGAGAUGAUACUAACUACUCUGCAAUUUUGGCAAGUAUAUCCACAUUGUAUGCCAUGGUAAAGACAUUGUUAAAACAAUAUCAUUAUCAGUUUCACAAAAAUAACCAAUUCAUUCUUACUCUUCUUAAGGCAGAUUUUGCUCCAGAGUUAGAUAAGCUCCUCAUCGCAUCUUCGAACCCAAAACUGUCAUUCAACUUGAAUUUAUACUCACGUGUUAAGAUAUACAGCGUUAUAGGUAUACUAUCACUUCUAGAAAGUGUGUUGACAUCUUCCACAUCUGCAUCAUCUUCCAAGAAGCUAGACUCUUCGGAUAUAACAAAUUUGCAGCACCAUCCAUUGCAUUCAGUUUCUACAUCGAACUCAACCUAUUUCAACGAUAUAAAGAUAUUUGAUUACCUUGAUUUUCAAAGUCAAAUCACUUUUAAAGUUAACAGUUUGCUUAGCAUGGACUUUAAGUUCUGGUAUGAAUACAGACCGGACUUGCUUGAAGCUUCCCUAACCAGGGGCUCGUUCAUCAGUUGGUUUACAGGAAAUCUACUAAGUGCAUCAGACUUCCUUAACUAUGAUACUAGUGUGGAAACAACAAGCGUGAGCAAUAACCGAGCAGAGUUCAAAAAAAUGGACAAGGAUGAAGAUGUGUUGAAAGAAUUAGAAGACUUUUACUUGACAAGGUACAAGAAAAUGAAGCAAAACGCCUCGAAUGAAGCUCUGGAAGAAGAAAAAAAGGGUAAAAAUCAUGAUGUCACUUUAAUUUCCUCGACUUUACUACCAAUACUCCUUUUCCUUAAUGCUCAUUUUAAGAACUCUUCAUUCUUCUUCGCCUUAACUACGGCAUCUCUGCCAGCGCCCGUUGCCAAUACUCAUAUUGAACUCUUGGAUAUCUUACUUGGAUUAUCAUCAUAUGUGUUUUUUUAUCACCAUAAUUUCUCCGUAAUGAAGUCAACUUCAAGAGUUUUGCUUCAGCUUUUCAUUAAGUUGACUUCCAAGAAUGUCUUAUUAGCGAAGGAAGCGGGUGAAACUGACUACACCGAGUAUGUGGCACUCCAGGACAGAACCGUUCAAUUUCAAAUAAAUGAGUACAAGUGGAAGUUAUGCCAUCAAAAGGACCCCAUAAUUCCAAUCAACAAGUACCAUGCUGGAUAUAAGGGCUAUAAAUCAAGUUCUUUGUACAUAAUAGAUCUGAUUCAGGUGUUUAUGAGAUUCAAUAUGACGAAGAAAUUGGAUAUCACUAGUUAUCAAAUGUGCAACAGUAUCUUGUACCAAGUUCUAAAAGAUAUUUCGCCUGAUUCAGUAGCAGGAUUCUCGUCCUAUCAAUGGAAUGAUUUCUUCAAGACUAUUUUUAAUGUUCUUCUAUUUAUUAAGAAGCAAAACUUGGGCGAAGAAUCUGCUGUUCUUGUGGAAGAAAUCCUAGUUAUAGUUGAUUUGAUGCUCUUUAAGUAUGAAUCGGUUCAGCUGGUUGAAGACACGUCCAAGUCUAUUACAUUUGACCUAAUUUAUAACCUUUUACUUCACCAACAAACCAUUCAAGAACUUGUUACUGCCAGGGGACUCAAGUUAACUAAUUUGACGUACUUGUCGCAAUGCUUGGCCUACUUAGGCGAGAAAUUCAAUAAUUCCAAGGCAACUCUGAAGGGAGACGUCGUUUUCAACAUACUUGAUCUAGACUACGAAUCACCCGAAUUUUUCAGCUUAUUAAGUGGAUUCAAGUGUGAAAAACUUAAUGACGGAACUGAUGAAAGUAGUAGUACGGUUCUUUCCCCAGAGACUUUUAAAUAUGCUGAUAUGGAUUUAGAAGCACAAAUUGGAAGUAAGGCGGACAUAUUCAAGAUUAUCGAUUCAACAUUAAAUAGUUUCUGA